GGGACUCUCUAGGCUUCGACCGCGUUUCAGCGGUUCUUCCGGUUUCUCUGCUCGCCCUGUCCCCGCCUCUUCCCGUGCGCCGUCGCGAUUUGAGGCGCUCUCGCGAGACUCAGGCCUCUUCCUAGGCCGGCGCUCUCAACCAGGAGAAGGCCAUGUUCAGUUCGAGCGCCAAGAUCGUGAAGCCCAACGGCGAGAAGCCGGACGAGUUCGAGUCCGGCAUCUCCCAGGCUCUCCUUGAGUUGGAGAUGAACUCCGACCUCAAAGCCCAGCUGCGGGAGCUGAACAUCACGGCUGCCAAGGAAAUUGAAGUUGGCGGUGGUCGGAAAGCUAUUAUCAUCUUUGUUCCCGUUCCUCAGCUGAAAUCUUUCCAGAAAAUCCAAGUCCGGCUAGUCCGUGAAUUGGAGAAAAAGUUCAGUGGGAAGCAUGUUGUUUUUAUCGCUCAGAGGAGAAUUCUGCCUAAGCCAACUCGAAAAAGCCGUACAAAAAAUAAGCAAAAGCGUCCCAGGAGCCGCACUUUGACAGCUGUGCACGACGCGAUCCUGGAGGACUUGGUUUUCCCAAGUGAAAUUGUGGGCAAGAGAAUCCGUGUGAAACUGGAUGGCAGCCGGCUGAUCAAGGUUCAUUUGGAUAAAGCACAGCAGAACAACGUGGAACACAAGGUAGACGGGACCAGUCAGGUGUGAGGAGAUGAGACAUCGUAGUCUACGUGUAGCCGCCCGACUACUGAGUGGAAGCACAGCCGAUGAUGGGCUUGCGUUUGCGUCUUCCCUAAAGGGUCUUCAGAGAAGCCUUUCAUCCACAUGGCAAGUCUAACGGACACCUGGUGAGCUGUGUUCUCGUCACCCAGCUUCAGCUGGUGCUGUCUUACCGACCCUGUUGAAUCUGCGCCCACCCCCUUUCUUUGCUGGGGAUUUUUGAAGCAAUAGACGUGUUAAGUUUAGUAGGAGUCUUUUUUUAGCAGAUAAUAAUUAAAAUCCAGUAUCAAAUGA